CAUGAGUUUCCAAGGCAAAGUUGUGCUCAUAACCGGUGCCAGCUCCGGUAUUGGAGCCUCGACAGCGUUUGAAUUCGCUAAAAACGGAGCCAGCGUAGCUAUCGUUGGCAGAAACGUGGAGAAACUGAACAAAGCCGCCGAAAACUGUUCCAAAUAUUCGAAACCGUUGGUAAUCCAGGCCGACAUAGGCGAAGACGAUGAGUGCAAAAAAAUUGUUGCAUCUGUCGUAAAAACAUUUGGAAAACUCGAUGUGUUGGUCAACAAUGCUGGGAUAAUGCGACAUGGAACCAUUUUGGAAGGUAACCUCUUGGAAAUUUAUGAUGAGAUCAUGAAAGUUAACAUGCGUGGGCAUCUUAACGUGACAUCACUGGCUGUGCCAUAUCUGGUCAAAACUAAAGGUAAUAUCAUCAAUAUAUCAAGUGUCGCCGCCUCUUUGACCCCUAAAAUUGAAGGUGUAACUCCAUACUGUGUGUCAAAGGCGGCGUUAAACCAUUUUACACGCUGUGCGGCUGUGGAAUUGGCGGGUGAAGGCGUACGAGUCAACACAGUGAGCCCUGGUCCAGUUAUAACCGAUAUUUUGGAUAACGCUGGUAUGACAAAUGUUAAAAUAGAAAAUUUUGCAGACACUAUGCCAUUGAAAAGAGUAUCGCAGUCUGUGGAAAUCGCGGAUAUGAUAUUAUUUUUGGCAAGUGACAAGGCUGUUGGCGUGACGGGAUCGGAAUUUAUUGUUGACAACGGCUGCAUGUUUCAAUAGCAAGUUAAUAUGUAAAUUUGAUUUGCUAUUUGCAUAAUUGUAUAAAACAUGGAUUAAAAAUAAGUGAAAUUAUGUGUAAGUCAUUAAAAAUAUUGAAUUUUACAUGUCAAUCACUUGACACAAACUGAUCAAAGAUAAGUCGAAUCCAUUAUGACGUCAUAUUCUAAUAAGCUUGAAGUACAAAUUAUUUUCGAAUAUAAGAACGAUUAUUAUAUUAAGCAUAAAACAUAUUAUUAUCUUGUCUAGACUUUUGCUAGAAUUUUUUAUUAACGUUCGUAAGUGUACGUUGUGUUACCUAUACGAAGAAAUUAUUUUUGACUUUGACUUUGAAGACGCGUUUUGGCGGGUUCUUGAACGUAUCAUUAUUUAAUUUGAUUUUUAAACGUUAAAAAUAACAAUACGAAGGAUUUAUAGUGGCUAAUAAAUAAUCUGAAAGAUUUAAAUUAUCAAAUAACCUAUUGUUGAAAACAUCAGUCUCACCUAAAUUGAAAAUGUAUUUUAUUAUUUUAUAUGUGUUGGA